AUGUACUGCACAUUCUCAGCAACUCCCUUCCCCCUUCAAUCCCUGCAAAGCGUGAUUAAGAAAAUGGGCGAAACUUACAUGUCUGGUGCGACAGACGUGUUAGUUGUGAUUGCGCCCGUUGCGUGGUGGCCGUCAGCGCAGUUUUUACAUUUCCACCCGUUUGACGCCGGCCGUACAUUUGCGUCCGCCAUUACAUCCAGCGGUGUGGCUGUUGGGGCGGCGGAGCGGGUGGUGGGACUCUCGCGAUUGGGCCGCAGUGUUAUGCUCAGCGCCACACUCGAGGACUCCACGGUGCGACUCUACAAUCCAUUCAGCGGCGGUGAGUUGCGGUUGGCGAUUCGCAGAGACUGCAGCGAGUAUGCACUCGCCAGUGGAGUUUCACUGUAUGAACUGGUGGAGGCAGAUAGGGUGCGUGUGGAGGCGGCGCCUGUGGGAAUGGGUGUAUUGUUGUGUGAAGUACAACUGGAAGAUCAUGAUUUGGGUGAACGGUACGUUGCGGCCGCACUAAAGUACAUCACACAGCAUUUACAAUGGCAGCAGAAGCGACAACGUUCGGUGUGUUCACUUCUUAUUACAGGAGAACACGGCGUUGGAAAGACGCAUACACUAUACCAGGUUGCAGUAAAAAUUCCGCAAGUUGUAAAUGUGUGCGGUAAACGUUACGUAGUGGAGCGUCGUGAUGUGAGUGUUGCACAGUUACUGCAGUUGGAUGAACGGGAGGCGGUGACGGUGAUACAACGCAUCUGUGCACUUCCUCCUAUUGACACUACUGAAAACCCAAAUUAUUCUUCUACUGCAGGAGUUAUUCUUCUUUUGACACUUGAUGGAGUGGAUUUGCUGUGGGCUACAACCAACUCGUUGGUGGCACUGGUAUCGCAUCAGUUAUGUGCCUCGCUGGAUGAAAUGGAUGAAGCUGCACAAUUGGCGGAUUACCACAUAGUGUUAAUUGCCACUGCGGAGAACACCACCACACUUCCCACGGCAUUACUCUCUCGUCUCUCUUCACGGCGUGUGCAUAUUGCUUAUCCCUCACUACAGGAGCGACUAAAUUACAUGGAAAUGCAGUCUGGCGCAAUGGACUUCCCACCUCAUGUACGGGAAAGAGUGGCGGAACUUCUCGCCGGAUACACCGCCGGUCAACUAGCAGUAAUGAACAACAAUACACUGCUGCAGAUGUUGGAACGCGAAGCCACUCUUGAUGCGAAACAGCACCACAAAGAACAACGUCACCAGAAUGAUACCCAGCUAGAUACCAAAAAUGAAAAUGUGGCUGACACAUAUGGAGGAUUAAUUGGAAUGGCGAAUAUACUGCGAGACCUUGAGGAGCUUGUGGUGUGGCCACUGCAACAUAUGCGUCUGCUGCGGCGCUACGGUGUGACUCCACCAAAAGGUGUUGUCGUUUGCGGCCCGUCUGGGAGCGGUAAGACAUCACUAUUAACAUCCCUCGCACGGCGUCUGCGCAGUGGUAGAUUGCACGUGAUGCUUGUGGACGGUUUGACACUCAUUGAGAAGGCGGUGGGACGUACGGAGAAGAACAUCGCCACACUAUUUGCCAACGCACGGGCCACAUCACCCACCGUGUUAUUCCUUGACAACAUAGACAGCCUCGCCCCACCGCGGGGACGGCAGAUGAGUGAGGUGUCGAAUACUGCAGACCGAACACUUAGCACACUGUUAACAGUGAUGGAUGGGAUAAGUGGAAGUAGCAACGGUGACGAUUUCGUCUUUGUUGUUGCAUCUGCACCGUCUAUCGCAGCGCUUGAUCCUGCGAUUAGUAGACCUGGUCGCCUGGAUGUGCAUCUCACGCUUCCAAUGCCAACAGCAGAAGAGUUGCAUCUUUAUAUAGUGCGUCGCCUGCUGGUGUGCGUAACGCAAUGUGCUGGUGGCGAAAACAACAACGACGACAACAAAACUAAUAAUACGGAUAAUGAUGUUGUUGAUGAUGAAGAAAAGGCGGAGAUGGUGCGUAUUGUUGAGGAGUAUGCCAGUCGCUGGACAGCUAUGGGACGACUCUCUGCUGCAGAGGCAAAUGCUUUUGUGCGUGAAGUGGUCCUGCACAUGGUGGAGAGCUCGUCUCUCAGAUUGGUGGAUCGCCUUAAGGAGGCACUUGAUGCUGCUGCUACACGUCUAUAA